AAGGAGUGCAUUUAGUUUUCGGUGAGCGACUCCGCUAUCUCAGGCGGAACUAACGAUGUUUCAUUUUCCUCAGAAUCAUGCUCGGCGUGAAACUGUGGGGGACCUUUUCAGUGUGCUGUAGCCGUUGGUUAGGAAGUCAGUGAUGUCUUUCUCGAAUAAGUUCGACUGAGGAUGCCCGUUCUGAUGCAUACGUACUAGAACGAUAAAUUUUAGGUUCAAGUGACGCGAUCCUUACCGAAUAACUACUAAUACCUCCCGGCGCUCUAGUACAGGCUACAGAACGACGCUCCCGUUGCUCUCCCCUUGAAACCCUAACUCCGUAAGACGGAAUGUCGUGCCCGCAGACGGAACCAUUUCGAAUUUGUUGGUCCUAGGUCGUUGCAAUCUCACUGGUAGCACAAUGCUGAAAGUGGCAUAUGCUUCUGCUGAGAUCUUUCGUAAUGAGAAGAGACAGCCCGUAUUCUAGCCAGAAAGCGUAAUCCGUCACUAGUUUGAUCACAUCCGACGCCAUAGUAUCGGCGACAUGUCUUUCAGUGUGAAAUUCCGAGUCCCAGUCGAUCUUAUUCCACGCGAGUCAGGCGAGCCCAGUAGCGAAGGAACGACGAAAUGCAGCAGCGGCAGUGACGUCACCAGCAGGUUCGUUGACAGCCAUACCGAAAACAAGCCAUCCGCGUCAUCAUCAUCUCACGAGGUCGUUCCCCUCGCUGUCUCUCCAAAUGAGUCUCUCAGAUCAGUCUUCAACAGGCUGUUUCAGUCCCACCUGCCAGACUGCUGCCUGCCAUGCGAGGCACGUCAGCAACAGGGAGGGGGGAAUGGUGGGAAAGCGCCCAGAAAAGCCUCAGCGGAUGGGACGCAGCCGGUCCGUUUCAUGGUGCAUGGUCAGGUGGUGUACCUCUCGCCUGACUCCACUGUGGAGCAAGCCAGGCUCAAAUCGGGUUCAACCGUCAAAGUGCUUCCCGUGAAGACAGUGCACGAAGGAGUUGAUAAGGGGAAGGGCAAGGGCAAGCACGCCGUUCAUGCACCGCAGGGGACGGAUGCGCCUGCUGCUGUAGCUGCAACGGCUGUGCCUCUUCCUGCUGCUGCUGCCGCUCUUCCUUCUUCUGCUGGUUCCACUGCUGAACCUGCUCCUGCUGCUGCGCCUGCUGCUGCUCCUGCUGCUGCUGCGCCUGCUGCUGCUCCUGCUGCUGCUGCACCUGCUGCUGCAUCUGCUGCUCCGCGUGCUGCUUCUACCGCAACCCGCAUUGACUACAGCAAGUGGGACCAUCUGGGGUCCAGCAGCGAGGAAGAGGAGGAGAAGUGGGAUCAUCGCGAGGCCAGCAGCGAUGAGGAGGAGGAGGAGGAAGAGGUGGAGGAGCAGACCCAGCCAGAAGGAGCUGCUGGAAGAAGCGUUGUAGGAAAGGGGAAGACCGAGGCCUCUGGUGCUGGCGAUCCGGCACCCAGACACAGCGGCAUUGAUUUCUCUUCCCUCAAGUACGGCACUUGCUCAAGCGGACUCCCGCUGAACACAGGGAGCAGCAGCAGCAAGGACGAGGAAACAGCCCCAGAGAAGCAGGUUCGAGCUCCAGACAGCACAGGGAACGGGAGUGGAGGGAAGGCAAAGGACCAGAGUGGAGGGAUAGAGGAGAAAGGGGGUGUUGGGAAAGGAGAAAGAGGGUCGGAGGAGGGUCUUCAGGUGCUGUGCCGGGCGGACAUGGUGCACUACCUGGACGUGAGGGGCGGGUGGGACGUGGCGGCCUGUGAGAGGUGCUUUGAGCGCGCAAUCAGCGCUCAGGCGAAGCAGGCCCUGUGGGUUCAGGACCUGGCGGCCUUCCGCUUCAACCUGCGGCAGCAGGAGGACAAAUCCGUCCCCUUGGUGCCGCCAAGCCCGCUGUUAGGAGGGAAACUUGGGGCGAUUGAAGAGUACUCCUCCAGGGUACCGGUGCCGGAGCGGCUGCUAGGAGGGAGACGAGGGGUGCCGGCUCGUGAGCAGUACAAGUGGAAGUGUGAGCGGGCGCCUCUGCUUUGUGCCGAAACGAUGCUUCUAGAGUGGAUGGCUGAGCCUCGCGUGGGCGUGCUCAUGGACCUGGGGAGGAUCAGAGCCCGCCUGCCGGCUAUUCUGGGUGAGAAAGGUCCCGCUGCAAAGUCCCCUGGUGCUGCUGCUGUCGCUGCCCCUGCUCCUGCUGCUGCAGGUUCUUGCGCUUCUGGAGCGUGGUGUUGCUGGCGCUGCAGCAGCUGCUGGGCUGCCUACCGCCGUGCUGUCAACUUUGCUGCGUUUCUCGUGCUUGUAGCGAGGCGCCCCCGCCUUGUGACUCUAUGGAAGGCCCACUCGGACUCUGACUCUGCAGUCUAUCCGGCCGUAGUGGCUCAGCUGGGGGCGGGCAGGCAGGAGGAGGAGGACCAGUUUGCUUCCCUCCUGGUGCAGAUCCUCGGGGUGAAGGAGAGUGCUGACCUCAAGGAGGGGUUUGGGUUCUUUGUGCAGAAUCUGCUGUCAGGGGGGGUUCGGGACAAUGGGGAGGGGAAGGCAGGGGGAGGGAGGAGUAGUGUGAGGGGGUCUCCAGAGCACAUGGUGGAAACGUUUGAGGCUCUGGUGGGGAUGGUGAGGAGUGGGGUGCCGGCUGAUGAUAUGGUGAGCAGCAUGAUGGGGAUGGUGAGGACGGAGGGAGGCAUGCAGGGACUGGGAGCAGAGGCGGUGGUAUGCAUGCUGGAAGGGAGUGCGGCUGGGGCAGGAAGGGAAGGCAGCCGUGGGAGGGGGGAUGAGGGGUGUGGCGAUGGUAGCAGGGAUAGCAAGGGCGGGGAGUGGAGGGAGCAUCUGAAGGGGCCAGUGUGGGAGAGGUAUGUGGAAGGGAUGGCUGGGAUGUUGAAGCAUGGAGGGGGGGAACGGAGGGAUUUCAGGUGCAACCAUUGCAGUGACGGCAGCAGCAGCAGCAGCGGCGGCGGCGGCAGCGGCAGCGGCAGCGGCAGCGGCAACGGCAACGGCAGCGGCAGCGGCAGUGGCGGCAGCAGUGUGGAAGGCAAUGGCGCUCCCAAGGGCAUGUAUGUGAGUGGCGUGGGCGCCACUGACUUUGCCCUAGCGUUUGCCACAGUCCUUUCCAAGCCAGGGCUGCGCAAGGAGUGGGAGGUGUACGUUCUGGACGCCGAUACCCCCAGCAAGACGCUCGUGGAGGAUGCAGCGAUUGUGGAGGCAAGGGAGAGGCUCAGAAUGGGGACGCAUGUGGGAGGGGGGGCUGCCACUGCUACAGCAGCUGGGGUGCCAUUGGCAGGCAUGUUGCCUUCGUCAAAUGCAGCUAAGAGCGCCACUGCUGCCACUGCCCACACUGUCAACAGCGCUUCGGUUGUCACCACUGCUUCUGCUGCCAGUGCUCCCUCAGACCGUAGUGCCUCUUCCAGCCUUACCCUCGUGCCUGUCACACAGAACCCGGUGGUUGCGGCCUUAACUUAUCGGGUCGGUUGCAUCCUGCAGUGGGUCCGAAUGUAUGGCUCAGAUUCCAUCUCAGCGCAGAAAUGCUUCAAGGAGAGCCGACAGGGCAAGGUACGGCCAAUGCGCCAUCCGUUCCGGGACCUUCCAAGCCUCCUGGUCAGGCUCGGCGCCGUACCCAAGCCUCCGGAUGGGAAUAAGUUUGACAAUGAGUGGGAGGAGUGGCCUCAGGGCGAUGAAGAUGCUGUGAAGUUUCCUGAGGACAAGAGUGUGAGAUGCUUUCGGCUGGGGAUUGAGGAGGAGAGUGGGAUGAGAGAGGAUGUUGGAGCUGCAAAGAGAGGGGGUGGCAGAGCGAGUGGUGGGGGAAGUGGCAAGGGGGGUGGCAGGCGUGGUGGCAGGGGGACUGCCAGGGGUUGCAUGAAAGAGUCUCCCUUCGCAGCUCCACUCCAGAACAGGCCACACAGGCCAGACCUCCCCAUUGUGCGCUGCGCAGCCGACGCACACUUCCUGGUGGAGUUUGCCGGCCACCAGGUGAAGCCGCCGCCCUGCGCGCGCUGCAGCGCGUGCAUCGGCCAGUUCCACUUCCACCUCCCCUUCUUUGCUCUCAUCGCCACCUACGCCUACCGCCCCGCCUCCGUCCUCCUCGACCGGUUCCUCUCCGUCUUCCCCCCUCCCUCCCCGGAGUUUGACAAACUCACGGAUAUUCUGCAUUUUGAGCCGUACCCUCGGGAUGUGCCUUUUAGGCUAAUUCUCGAGGAGGUGAGGGAGAGGGCAGAGGAGGUUCCCAUCUACUUCCUGCAGAACGUGGCUCUCUACUGGCCCAAGUCCCUCCUGCAGAUUGAGGAGCUGGAGAGGGGGGGAGUAGAGGAGGACGAUGGGGAGGUGUGGGAGGAGGUCCACCAUUGGUGCUUUGCGGUUCUCAUGGCGUGGCCCACGUUGACGCGCUUGGCUGACCCCUGCAGAGGCAGCCGCGAGCAGAAGAAGGUCACCCCUGAGGUGGCUGAAGAGCUGUACCACAGGUCCUUGGAGUCGAGAUUCCGUGAGGAGUGGGAGGGGGGGAGGGACCCUGGCAGCAGCAGUAGCAGCAGCGGCAGGAGUGGCAGAAAAGCAGGGAGGGGAAAGGAGGAGGUGCCGGCUUAUCUGAAGCCAUGGCCGGGGGGAGUUAAUCUGGUGGCAUGUCUGCGAGAGAUGCUGCUGGGGCAGCCAUGCUACCGCCCUCCCUCCGAUGCUGCUUCUUCCACUCCUGUUGUAAACACGCGUGCACCUGGCACUGCUGCUGCAUCAAACUCUGCUGCCGCACGGGAUUCAAGUGAAGCCAAGAGCCGUUUCUGUGGUGCUGCAGGGUGCGGGGCGGCAGAAGGUGGUGGUGUGAGGCUGAGGAACUGCUCUGGGUGUGGCAAGGUUGCGUAUUGCAGCAGAGACUGCCAAAAGGCGCAUUGGCCCUCCCACAAGCUCGCAUGCCCAGGGAGGGCCGGUGGGAAGAGGAGUGGCAGCACCAGUGGCAAGGCCUGACGUCAGCAAAUGUGUGUCACUCACUGUCACCUUUCAUGAAGAGUUACUCACGAUACCAGUGGCCUCAUCUGCAGGGUCUCAGAUAUCAGACGAAAUCGGUCUGGUGUGUCAACUUAUACAUAUUAUCUAUGUAGAAGUUAUAGGCUAGACUGAGGUAUGCUUCUAGUGAGUACAACCAACUAGUAUUUGUUCUAGGUUUCCACCUCUAGGGGUGUGUCAACUUAUACAUAUUAUCUAUGUAGAAGUUAUAGGCUAGACUGAGGUAUGCUUCUAGUGAGUACAACCAACUAGUAUUUGUUCUAGGUUUCCACCUCUAGUAAUCA